AUGAUCCUGCAGCGGUGGCCCAGAUGUACUGCUGAAUGCUUCAGGCGCAGGAAGCUUUUCCCCUCGGAAGUUCCUUCUUGCCCCUACUCCACGAUCGCCACUUCAGUUCAGUGUGAUGACUCAAGCGGUGAUGAAAAGCUGAAUUUUGCUCCUGACAAUGAGCCUAUCCAGAAAUCACACCGGUCUUUGACCUCUGACAGUGUUGUGCAGACACUCCGCUGUCUAAGGAGGAAACCUGCAGUUGCAUUUGCCUACUUUAAAGAUACACAUAGCCUUGGUUUUCACCAUGACUUCUCAGCCUACUCAGAGAUCAUACAAAUUUUAUCCCAUUCAUUCCAGGGGAAGAUGCUGAUUUCCUUGUUUUGUGAGAUUCUCUCGGGAACUGGUAGUGGUGGCCCUGAAAUCUUACCGCUCAUUGAUCACUUGAGAAAAACAUGUGCCACUUCUCACGUACUCUCAUAUGCAGUCAAUUGCUUAAUCAAGGCAUACACCACCCGCCACGAUGCACAAGAAACAGUAGAGAUGUUUUGUCACCUUUGCAGACUUGGAUUUGUUCCAACGCUUUGGGCUUGCAACUUUCUGCUAAAAUUUGUAUCUCAGAGCAGUGAUUCACAUAUGGUUGUAGCAGCUUAUGAUCGAAUGAAGUGCUUUCAGUUGACACUGGAUGCUCAAUCAUUGAACAUAGUCACUAGAUCGCUUUUUCAAGCAAACAAAGCAGACGAAGCAUUCCAAGUGUGGGUUGGGAUGAUUGAAAUGGGAGUGAAAUUAGAUGUACAUGGAUACUCAUCAUUUAUAAUUGGCCUUUGUGAUUGUGGAAAGUAUAAUCUAGCUUAUAACAUGGUAAGAAGAUAUGCUGUUCUACAAGAGAUAUCCCAAGAGAGGGUUCCAAUUGAAGCCUUCGCAUAUAAUAUGGUAAUUGAUGGACUAUGCAAAGAAAUGAAACUGGAGGAGGCUGAAAAGGUCUUGGAGAUCAAGACCAGACAUGGAUCUACCCCUGAUCUAUAUGGCUAUAGCUAUCUCAUUCAUAGUCAUUGCAAAAUGGGUAACCUAGAGAAGGCAUGGUAUCAUAUUGAAGACAUGGUAUCCCAUGGCAUCGAGAUAAAUUGUUACAUUGUUGGUUCCCUUCUACAGUGCCUCAGGAAGUUAGGCAUGAUAUCUGAAGUUAUUGUGCACUUCCAGAAAUUUAGAGAUUUAGGGGUCCAUCUUGAUGGCGUGCUUUAUAACGUUGCUAUGGAUGCUUAUUGCAAGCUUGGGAACAUGAAUGAGGCAGUUAAGCUACUGAAUGAGAUGAUGGCUGGAGGUUUGGUACCAGACAAAAUCCACUAUACAUGCCUGAUCAACGGUUACUGUCUGAAAGGAGAAACAGAAAAUGCCUGGCAAGUAUUUGAGCAGAUGCUGAAGGCAAAUAUAAAACCAGAUGUAGUUACAUAUAACAUAUUGUCCAGUGGAUAUAGCAGGAAUGGCCUUGUUAUGAAGGUAUUUGACCUUCUAGAGCACAUGAUGGAUCAAGGGCUGGAGCCUAAUUCACUCACCUAUGGUAUAGCUAUUGCUGGUUUUUGUAGAGGAGGCAACUUGAGCGAAGCAGAGGUGUUAUUUAAUAUAGUAGAAGAAAAGGGAAUAGAUAAUAUCAAUGUGUUGUACAGUUCUAUGGUUUGUGGGUAUUUGCACUCAGGCUGGACUGACCAUGCUUACACACUUUUUCUUAGAGUUGCUAAACAAGGAAAUAUGGUGGAUCACUUGUCAUGUUCAAAAUUGAUAAAUGGCCUCUGUAGAGAUGAAAAGGUUCAAGAGGCAUCAACUGUAUGUAGUAUGAUGCUUGAAAAGAAUGUUGUUCCUGAUGUAAUUUCAUAUAGCAAGCUUAUAUCAGCUUAUUGUCAGUCAAGAGAUAUGCACAAUGCUCACUUAUGGUUCCACGAUAUGGUUGAGCGAGGACUUUGUGAUGUCAUUGUAUACACUGUACUGAUGAAUGGUUAUUGCAAGGUUGGUCGGUUGCAAGAAGCAUGUGAAUUAUUUGUUCAAAUGAUAAAUUUAGGAAUCAAGCCUGAUGUGGUUGCAUACACAGUGCUAUUGGAUGGCCACCUAAAGGAGACCCUACAACAAGGGUGGCAGGGCAUUACUAAAGAAAGGAGGACCUUUUUUCUUAGAACAAAGCAUAAGGCGUUGCUGAGCUCUAUGAAAGAUAUGGAAAUUGAACCUGAUGUAACCUGUUACACAGUAUUGAUUGAUGGACAGUGCAAAGCAGAAUAUCUAGAGGAAGCACGGGGAUUGUUUGAUGAGAUGUUAGCGAAAGGACUCACCCCUGAUGUUUACACAUACACAGCUCUUAUAAAUGGAUACUGUAGCCAGGGAGAAAUAGCUAAGGCUGAAGAUCUUUUCCAAGAAAUGAUAGAUAAGGGAAUGAAGCCAUAUGUACUGAGCUUUUCAGUAUUACAUCAGAGAACCUUGAGACAUCGAAAGAAUCCUACCAGAUUCGGUUAUCGGUGUGCCUAUGUCAGGAAGGCGGACACCUGGAGCAUGGAAAGACUGCUCUCUCAGUGCGGUCCUCAAGGAGAACAAAAUGCAGUUACCUUCAGCAUCCGGAUCAACGACCAGCAGUGGAGCUGUGCAGACACCAUCGUGGCAAAGCUGGCUGUGGCAUUGGCACCCAUGCCAUUUGAGGGUUUACUGGACCGUUUUGUGGCUGCAACUAGUGGUGUGUUCCCAGACAACCAAGAGCGAGAAGACAGAGGUAAGCUCUCGGGGUCCGUGCCAUGGGGAACUCUUGAUGCUCCUGAGUCCAUGCUGCACCACAUCCAUUGUGCUGUAAUGAGGUGA